CCCCAGGUGAGCUACGCCUCCACAGCUCCGGAACUGAGCGACAACACCCGUUAUGACUUCUUCUCCCGCGUGGUGCCACCGGACUCCUACCAGGCCCAGGCCAUGAUGGACAUCGUCACGGCGAUGGAGUGGAACUACGUGUCCACGCUCGCCUCCGAGGGAAACUACGGCGAGAGCGGCGUGGAGGCCUUCAUCCAGAUCUCCAGAGAAACCGGUGGUGUGUGUAUCGCCCAGUCCUUGAAGAUCCCCAGGGAGCCCCGAACGGGCGAGUUUGACAAGAUCAUCCGACGCCUGCUGGAGACCUCCAACGCCAGGGCGGUCAUCAUGUUCGCUAAUGAGGACGACAUCCGACGAGUUCUGGAUGCAGCUAAAAAGAACAACCAGACGGGCCACUUCCUGUGGGUGGGUUCAGACAGCUGGGGGUCCAAAAUCUCCCCUGUGAUUGGCCAGGAGAGAGUGUCUGAGGGCGCCAUCACGAUACUUCCCAAACGGGCUUCUGUGGACGCGUUUGACCGGUACUUCCGCAGCCGCUCGCUGUCCAACAACAGGAGGAACGUGUGGUUUGCUGAGUUCUGGGAGGAAAACUUCAACUGCAAGCUGGGGAUGCAUGGCAAGCGAACCGGCAGCCUGAAGAAAUGCACAGCUUUAGAAAAAGUGGGCCGGGAUUCCAGCUACGAGCAGGAGGGGAAGGUUCAGUUUGUGAUGGACGCCGUGUACGCCAUGGCCCACGCUCUGCACCGCAUGCACCGGGAGCUGUGCUACGGCUACCCGGGCCUCUGCCCGCGCAUGGCCAGCAACAUCGACGGCAAAGAGCUGCUCAGCCACAUCCGCGCCGUCAACUUCAAUGGAAGUGCGGGUACACCAGUGGUUUUCAAUGAGAACGGCGACGCUCCAGGAAGAUACGACAUCUUCCAGUACCAGAUCAGCAACAGAUCUAUAGCGGAGUACAGAGUCAUCGGCUCCUGGACCAAUAAGCUUCACCUCAAAGUGGAGGCCAUGCGUUGGAAGAUGGGUGAUCCGUCUCUCCCAGCAUCUGUAUGCAGCGUACCCUGCCGCGCCGGCGAGAGGAAGAAGGUGGUGAAAGGUGUGCCGUGUUGUUGGCACUGUGAGCGCUGUGAGGGAUACCACUAUCAGGCGUCCGAGUUCACCUGUGAGCUGUGUCCGUACGAGAUGCGGCCCGACGUCAACCGCACCGGCUGCGUCGCCAUCCCCAUCAUCAAGCUGGAGUGGCACUCCCCCUGGGCCAUCUUCCCCGUCUUCAUCUCCAUGCUGGGCAUCAUCGCCACCUCCUUCGUCAUCGUCACGUUCGUCCGGUACAACGACACGCCCAUCGUGCGCGCGUCCGGCCGCGAGAUGAGCUACGUGCUGCUGACGGGAAUCUUCCUGUGCUACGCCAUCACGUUCCUGAUGAUCGCCACGCCGGACGUGGGCGUGUGCUCGUUCAGGAGGAUCUUCCUGGGCCUGGGGAUGUGCUUCAGCUACGCCGCCCUGCUCACCAAGACCAACCGGAUACACCGCAUCUUCGAACAGGGGAAGAAGUCCGUAACUGCACCCAGGUUCAUCUCCCCGGCCUCCCAGCUCGUCAUCACCUUCUCCCUGAUCUCGGUUCAGCUCAUGGGAGUCUUCGUCUGGUUCGCCGUGGACCCCCCGCACACCAUGGUGGACUACGGCGAGCAGCGGACCCAGGACCCCACGUCGGCGCGCGGCGUCCUCAAGUGCGACAUCUCGGACCUGUCGCUCAUCUGCUCCCUGGGCUACUCCAUCCUGCUGAUGGUGACGUGCACGGUGUACGCCAUCAAGACGCGCGGCGUGCCCGAGACCUUCAACGAGGCCAAGCCCAUCGGAUUUACCAUGUACACCACCUGUAUCAUCUGGCUGGCGUUCAUCCCCAUCUUCUUUGGCACGUCGCAGUCCGCAGAGAGGCGGAUGGAGAUUGAUCAGCUGUCAUGGGGAUUAAUCAGAGAGCAGGCCGCCAUUAAGGCAGCAGAUGCUCAGGAGGUCGAACUGGUCUUCCCUUAA